UCGCUGAGAGGCCGCCGCGUUUUCCGGCUUCCGGGACGCUUCCCAGGCAAGAUGGCGUCGGGCAGCGGGGCUAAAAACCUGGACUUCCGCCGGAAGUGGGACAAGGAUGAGUAUGAGAAACUUGCAGAGAAACGACUCACGGAAGAGAGAGAGAAGAAAGAUGGCAAACCAGUACAACCUGUCAAGCGUGAGCUUCUCCGGCACCGAGACUACAAGGUGGACCUGGAAUCCAAACUGGGGAAAACCAUUGUGAUUACCAAAACAACUCCUCAAUCUGAGAUGGGAGGGUAUUAUUGUAAUGUCUGUGAUUGCGUAGUGAAAGAUUCCAUCAAUUUCUUGGAUCAUAUCAAUGGCAAAAAACAUCAGAGGAACCUGGGUAUGUCCAUGAGGGUAGAGCGCUCCACACUGGAUCAAGUGAAGAAACGCUUUGAGGUGAACAAGAAAAAGAUGGAGGAGAAGCAGAAGGAUUAUGACUUUGAGGAGAGGAUGAAGGAGCUCAGAGAAGAGGAGGAAAAGGCCAAAGCCUACAAAAAGGAAAAACAGAGGGAGAAGAAGCGGAGGGCUGAGGAAGACUUGGGAUUUGAGGAGGAUGAUGAAAUGGCAGCUGUGAUGGGUUUCUCUGGUUUUGGCUCGACCAAGAAGAGCCACUGAUUAGCCAUGAACUUUCCUCUGGAUGGCUGUUGUUUCAGCCCUGGUGAUGCUUGAACACGCCUUGGAAGACUUUACAGAGAAUUUGUACCUAAACGUCUUGUUGAAGUUGGCUGCAGGAGCUGGGAAGCAAUUCCACAUCCUUCCUCAUGGGGCUGGCUGUGCCCUACCAUCACUAGUAUCCUCCUGCCUGAACAGAUAGCAUCACAUUUGCCUGUAUGGUGGUAAACCUGAAUAUCAAAUAAAGGACUUUAAAUUAGCAGGUCCCCUUUCCCCAGUCUCCUCAGAAUACUUUGGAGUAAACCCAUUUUCAAGAUUUCUUCUUUUUUUAAACAACAAAACCCUCUUCAUUUAAUAUGAAGAGCAUGAAGUUGGAUGUUUCUUUUAGAAUCCCCCGUCUCUUGCCCUUGCCUGCAGCUGCCUCAUUCCCUAUAUAAGUUCUGCUUGCUUCUCACUCCGUGCUGUGUGUGGCCUUGUGUGCACGAGAGACAUUCUGCUGGGUAUAUUUUUUUCUGUUAAUAAACUGAUAAAAAUCCUG